AUGAAACAACAUUUUUCUUAUAUUGAAGAAUUAUUUGAUCCUGAAUAGUAUGUUUUAAUGACCAAAAAUAUUCAAGAUUUUCAAAAAGUAACUUAGUUUUUCAAGAAGUAAUUCAAAUUAAAUAGCAUAGGUUUUUUGAUGAUAUUUUGAAUAAGCAAUUAGAUUUAUGUGGAACUAAUAUUAAAAAUUCUUAAAAGAUUACUAAAUACAUGCAAUAACCCUAAUUGCCUUUGUCUAAAAGCUUAGUCAAAUUGUGUCAAGUAAUUAUUUAGAAUCAAACUUAUUCAAGACUGUAUAGGAUUUAUUUACAUUUGUAAAAUAAGGCAAUCUAGAACAAUAAGAUGGAUUAAUUUAAUAUGAAACACUAGUUCGUGAAUAAAUUGAUAAAAUUAUAGAGCAUAAUAAUGGAUAUGUGUAAACUGCAAUUAAAGUAUUUACAGUUGUAUUUAAAUAGUACUAUAAAAACGAUGAAUAAUAAUACAAGAAGAAUUUAGAAGGUUUGAAAAAUAGAAAACAAUAAUAUACCGAACAAUUAGAACUUUAUAAAUAAACUGUAAAUGAUCCUUCUAUGUUAUACAACUAAAAUCUCAAAUAAUAGAGAUAUAAUGAAUUGUAGUCAAAAAUUAGAAAAAUUAAAGAAAAUGAAAAUCAAAUUCUUACUUCUUUGGAAGUACUCAAUUAUCGUAGAAAAUGUUUAUGUAUAGAAUUACAAUAACUAUAAAAAAUUAUUGAAGAUGCUUUUUCAACAAUAAUUGGAUUAACUCAUAAAUUAUGUUAUUCAAAUAUCAUUUGUUUUAAAGUAAAAAUGGAAGCAUUCUAUUAAAUCAGUAAAAAGCAUUAAAAAUAAAUCAAAUAUCAAUUUACUAUAUUACCUGAUCAAUCUAAAUUUAAUUUUGAUAAAUUGGAUUAUGUAAGUUAAUAAGAUUUUUAAUAAUUAUAUUAUGUCUAAAAAAACUUUAACUUCAAUUAAGAUGAAUCAUAUGAAACUAUAACUUAUAAUAACGAAGAUAUUUCUUUUCGUUCUAUUAAAAAUAUACCAUCUGUUAAUUAAAGUUAUCAAACUAUUAAUGAUUAAAAUGAUUAAUGGAUACCAAACUUUCUAAAGUAGGAUAUUUAAUUAGUACCUACAUCACAAUUAAUAUAAUAUUAUGAAUGGAUAUUAACAUAUACAAAAGUAGUCAAAGAAAAUUGUAGUAUUAAUAAUAAUAUCAUUUUUAAACUCUUAUAAUUUGUUGAGGAGUUAAUGAAUUAAUUUAGAAAAUAAGGAAAGGCAUGUAUUAAGUAACCAGAUUUUAAAUAAAAUUAUUUUUCUUAAUUGAAAUGGUUUGAAUAGUUUAACCAAGUCUUUGGAGAAUAAGGUUAUAAUGACUUAUAUGCUUAUACUAGUAUAAAUGAUUUGUUUAAUUUAUUUACAAAUAAGUUUUCAACUCUUUUAUAAGAUGAAUAACAAUCAAUUUUAUAAGUUUAAGAGAAAAUUACAAAUGAACAAAACAUUGUAUUUUCAAGCAUUGACAAAUAAAUGUUUGAUUUAUAGAUUGUUCAUUAAAAUUAUCUAAGAUAAUAAGGAUUACUUAAUAAUAAUAGAACAAUAACUUUAAGUUAAAUGGAUUCAAAUAAAAAAAACUUAUACAAUUAAACAAAAGUAAGUAAUUUAAAUAUUUUAGAAUGAAUAAGAUUUUAGAUAAAUGAUAAAAUAGAGCAAUGAUGCAAUAAAACAUUUAGUUUUAGAUUUAGAUAAUAAAUUAAGCAAAAGAUAUAAAACAAUUAGUGAAAUUACAGAAUAAAUAACUUGUGCUUUUAAUGUUAAUUUAAUUGAUUUAUUGAAAUUGUAAUUCUUAUUAGAUAUAUAAAUAGUUCAUAUGCUUAAGAAAAUGCAUUAGAAUUGAAAAAAAAGUCAAUUGAGUAGGUUGUAUAGUAUUUAAAAUCCUAAAAGUCAUUCUAAAUAUUUUACAAAUAAAUCUUUGUUAAAAAUAAAGCUAAAAAUUUAAUAGAAGAUUUGUAGACAGAAUCAUAUGAUUACUAAUAUUAAUCUGAUCAGGAUUUUUAUUAACUUUAAUCAUUACCUAAGCCAAAUAUUGUAACAAUUAACUGAUUUAUAGAUUCUUGAUUAAAGUUAGAAUGAACCUGAGGAGGAUUAAAAGAGUAUAAGUGAAUAAUCAACUAAGGAACAAGAUAAAGACAAGAUAGAAUAAUUAUAAUUUAUUAAAUCAAAAUUGAAAAUAGAAAUAAAUGAAGUAUUAAUUGCAUCAUUUGCAUGUGCAUUAUCAGAGAAAAUAUAAUUACAAGGUAGGUUGUAUAUCACCAAUAAAAGAUUAUUUUUCCAUUCAAGUUUUAAUUCAAAUAAUUUAUUUUUUGGUGAUACAAUAUUGAAUAUUCCUAAAUAAGAUAUAUUAUGUAUACAAAAGAGAACAAAUGCAUAUAUAUUUGAUAAUUCAAUUUCAAUAUAUACUCCAAAAGGCUAAUUAUUUUUUGCAACUUUUUUUUAGAGAGAUAUAGCAUAUGAUUUAAUAAUAAAAACUUUUUGUCCAAAAGAAUAGCCAGAGUUAUUGGCAUCAAUAUCAAAUUAGGCACCAAUAAAUUAAAUAAAGAUAAUAAAUGUUUAAUAUAGUUAAGAAUAAUUAAAGUAUGAAAAUUUGAUAUAUAUAAAUAGAUAAUUGGAGGAUAGAAAAUAAAGGAUUUAAAACCUAUUAGGUUCAGAUCCUGAGAUAUUUAUAUCAGAGAAUAUAUUUGAAUUUCCAGAAAUAAAUGUUAAAUUAUUUUAUCGUUUGAUAUUUGGAGAUAAAAUGCCAGGAUAGAAUUUAACAUUUUAUGAGAAAAUGAAAAAAGGUCCAUUAGGAUGUGAUGGAUUAACUUUAACUUAAUGGAUUCCUGCUCCUCCUAUAGAUUUUGAUUCAGAUUAUGGAACAUAGAAUUUAUUAGAUGGUCCUGAUUUUAUUGAGAGAGAAUUUAAUUGUAUUCAACCAUUACCUAAAUCUUCAAUUCCAUUCAUGCCUACAAAAUGUGAGUGUAAAGAACGUUAAAAGUUAUAUUUUUUGAAUUAAGACUUUUUUGUAUUAGAUUUGAUUGUGAAGACCUUUAAAGUACCAUAUGCUGAAUCAUUUUAAGUUCAUGUUCGAUAUAAAUGCACAUAAACAGAAAAAGGAGUUAAAUUAGAUUGUAGAAUAAGAAAUGAAUUCUUAAAAUCAGUUUUGGUUAAAAAAGGUAUAUUAUGAUUUAAACAUAAUUUUAGUUAUUGAAAAAGCAAGUUCAGAUGAAAUAUUAGAAAAGACAUCUUAAAAGAUCUUUCCUUCAAUCACAUAAGAAUUAAAUAAUUAUCUGAAGGGAUCAAAUAAUAAUGAUACAUCUGAUGAAAAUAAUUAGAUUAAUGAUAAGAAAGUAGUGAAAUAAAAAAGAUUAAUAAAAUAAAUGUUAAAAUCUGCAAUUCCAUUUUUAAAUGGUACAAUAAUAACAUGUUUAAUUCUUAUUAUCAUUUAUUAUUUAUAUGCUAAAGUUUUGAGUAAGAUGACUAUCAAAAUAGAGUUUGAUAAAUGA